AUGGGAUGGCGGGCCGCGGGCCCGGCCCCCUCCUCCGCGCCCGCGCCGACCAAUAGAAAUCUACUACAAUGUUGUGGCGAAGCCGAGGGGCGGGGCGCGCGCGGGCGGGCUGGCUGCGGGCCGGGCCGGCCUCGCCUCGCGGAGGGAAGGCGGGAGGGCGCGCGCCGGGCCGCCUGCUCGCUCCCUCGCCGCUCGCUCGCUCGCUCGCUCGCUCCCUCCCUCGGCGGCUGGGUUAGUCAGUCGGUCCGCCCGCCAGCAGCAGCCGGCGGGCCCGCGAGCCGCAGAGGGCCCGAGCCUCGGACGCCGGCACCUCCUCCUGCCAUUGUUCAUUGGGCGGCUGCAGCGACGGGCGCGGGGGACGCGGCCCGGGAACCUCGGGUGAGGCGCGGCGGCGGCGGCGUUCCCGCAUCUGUCGGCUUGGAAAUGUUUCCUGCUGCCGGCGCGGUCCGGUCCACCUUACCUGGACGCAGGCGGGCGCAUCCUGGUGCGGGGUGCCGCGGGGUGCAGGUGCGGGUGCGGGUGCGGACUGUGCGCGGUGUGGUGCGUGCCCUGGUGGGCCUGGGCUGCCCGGGAGCCGGCCUUGUGCUGCCGGAGAAAGUGAGCUCACGUGAAGAGGGUCACUGA